ACAACCAGUGACGCGCGGCAACAACUUCCGGCUAGGAAUGAUGACGACACAUAUGUUGUAGCAGCGCCACGUCUUGUUAGAGCCGGUUUCCGCUGCGUCUCCUCCUACCCCUGUAGCAGACAUGUCAGUGUCGGUUCUGUCGGUAGUGUCCCGUUUCUUCGAGGAGUAUGUCAGCUCCACCCCGCAGCGACUCAAGCUGCUGGACGCCUACCUGUUGUAUAUAUUGCUGACGGGCGCCAUGCAGUUUCUGUAUUGCCUGCUGGUGGGCACCUUCCCAUUCAACUCCUUCCUGUCCGGCUUCACUUCUUGUGUUGGCUCCUUCAUCCUGGGCGUGUGUUUAAGGAUCCAGAUUAACCCCCAGAACAAAGGAGAUUUUUUAGGCAUCUCUCCGGAAAGAGCAUUUGCCGACUUUCUGUUUGCCAACACUAUUCUGCAUCUGGUUGUCGUUAACUUUGUUGGAUGAAGUUUCUUCCCUUCAGUCAUGUUGUUAGUUGCCAGAGCUGCUGAUACACUGUUGGAUUGAACAAGGUUUGCACAUUGUUGGACAUCAAGAAAUUCCAUUAGCAUCCUUUUCCUUCUGUGAUAAUUGGUUUUGUGCCUCUCCAAGAUGAUGACUCUGUCCCAUUUUACAGUCUGUUUAUGGGUGACCUGGCCAAUAAAGAUUUCACUUUCUUA